UUGGUCUGUGUUGCAAAAAAAAGAACAAAACUAGUUGAGUCGCAAAGACUGAUGAAAGACAAACUGUACUGAAAGACAAACUAGUUGUUUUUCGCAUGCGGCACAUGUAUAGGUCAUGCUGAAUAAUAAUGCUAGGCCAAAGUGUUCUUGAAUGUUGAUGGACCACUUCUGUAGCACUAUCUGUUCCUUGUGUCUGAAAACAAUUUAGUAGUACUGAAGAAUAUGUUACACUGCAAUAGAUGAUGUGGAGCAUAGCUAGGCCAAAGCGAUAGAUCACUGGAUUAGGAAUUAAUCAAUCGAGCCAUAAACAAUUAGGUUGUACUUGGAUUUCAAGAGGAUGUCCAUGUAUUCCCAUCCUCCUGUCUAUCAUGCAUGAGGAAAAAUGUUUCAUGUUCCUGUCAUCAUUUUGGUAUUGGAUUUCAAGAGGAUGUCCAUGUUUCUAUACACAUGUGCUGGAAAUGAGUCUAAUAGGAGAGCUCAAAAUAGAUUUAAGCAUUCUGGCGAAACUAUUAGUAGGAAAUUUGAUGAGGUGCUAAAUGCUUUGAUGGCUAUGGCGAAAGAUUUCAUUCGACCAAAGAAUCCCAACUUCCCCACAGUCCAUAAGAGGAUAAGAGAUGACAAACGUGCAUAUCCACAUUUCAAAGAUUGCAUUGGUGCACUUGAUGGCACUCAUAUCCGUGUUGCUCUUUCACCUGAUGAGCAAGUGAGAUAUAUUGGAAAGACCGGGGUAGCCACUCAAAAUGUACUAGCGGUAUGCGACUUUGACAUGCGUUUCACUUAUGUUUCCACGGGACAACCUGGAGCUAUGCAUGAUACAAGUGUGUUGUACAAUGCACUCAGAGUGGAUGAAGAAUUUUUUCCACAUCCUCCACAAGGCAAAUACUACGUUGUGGAUGCGGGAUAUCCUAAUCGUCCUGGCUACCUCGCUCCUUACAAGGGUGAAAGGUAUCAUUUACCGGAAUGGCAUAGAGGUAUUGAACCUAAGACGCCUAUGGAAAGGUUCAAUCGGGUUCACUCAUCUAUCCGCAAUGUGAUUGAGCGAUCUUUUGGACUAUUAAAAAUGAAGUGGCAAAUUCUUUGGAAGAUGCCACCAUAUCCCAUGUACAAGCAAAAGAUGAUUGUUGUAGCUACCAUGGUCCUUCACAAUUUUAUUCGUGAGCAUGGAGGUCAAGAUGAAGACUUUGCUCGGUUUGAUCGUGAUCCCAAUUUUGUUCCUACAAUACCGGAAAGAUAUAACAAAUAUGCAGUUUCGCAACCGGCGUCAGAUGGGACAACUUCCGCACUCAACGCGCCAACUAUGGAUGUCUUUCGUGAUGAGCUAGCCACCGCACUCUCUCUUGCUUGGAACUAGUUUGUAUUGGAAAGAUUGAUUUUGUACCGUACUUGUUGCGACCUUUCAUUCGGUACAAUUUUAUUUGGUUCAAUAUUUUUUGCCAUGGGAAAAAAAACUAAAGAAAGUAUUGUACGCUAUUUU